GUUGCUAUGGAAACGUCCAUUACAAUCGUCCGUCGCCAUAUUUCAGUUGCUUUCCUUGAACAAAAUUGUGACGAAUUUGGAGCCAGACCAUUAUACAGAGACUCGUUAGGGAAAGUUUGACGAUAUAAAUGCCUAAUCCACAUAUCUCGACACAGGGUAAGUUGCCUUUCUUUUCGCUGAGAAUCGUGUAAGUUUUUGUAUCUUUUAGCCGUGGUGACAAUCGACCGAACAGAUUGAAGUCAGAAUCCUUUGGGGUUGAUAAAUCCUCUCAAUCCUCUCUGUGUAUUCUUUACUUUCUCGCUAACAAGCUCAAAAUAUCCUUCAAGGUUUUCCAGUUACGAUCUUGUGGUCGGUUAUGAACACUGUCAGCCUUGACCGCUUUAUUUCUGUAUGGCGAUUUCUCUGUCUUUACUUUCACAAAUGGCUCCCAGCUGAUCUUUGGUCCUUGCGAGCUGUUUGCAAGAAAGAUAUCCACGAGAAGCUUCUUUAGAAGGUUCGAUCAAAAGAGAAUGAUCGUUUAUCGCCUAAAGUGUAUACAUUUACACUUGGUUUAAAAUGCACGUUGACUUUGUUGUAUCCUGAUGCCAUGGUCAUAAACUCAUGGAUGGUUUGGGCUGUACACUACCAGAGUGAGUGUAGUUUGUAGAGGAGACCAUGAUAUGUGUAUUUUACUCUCUGCCUCCAUUGCCUUUCAUCAAUUGAAUUGAACUUCUCAGCUCUCAAACUUAAUACAUCAAAGUACUGCAGGCCAGCAGUACAAUUUAGUCGCUUUCUUGUAGUACUCUGGGCAAACCAUAAUUUUGCGUAAUCUGAAGUGGAACACUCCUGACCAACCAAAUAAUUACCUUAACCCAUUUGCCCCGAAUUGUGAUGUCGUGACGUUGUUUUAACAGUCAAGGAAACUUUUUGACAUCCUUGUUUGAAUAAGCACAAUUCUGUGAAAAUGGAUGUAACAUUGUUGGAAAAUCUCCAUGAAAAUCUUGUUCCAACUUUCCCUAAAAAUUGCUUUUAAAAAGAUGUCAAAAUAAAUUGUUGCUGCCAUUUGCGAAAAUAAAAAGCAAGACUGUCACUUUUAAACCCAAAAACAUCGACAUGUUGGGAGUUAUUUUGCAUCUGGAUCAUAAAGUUUUUUAGCGGUUUUGUAAAGCCUUUAUAUGACAGUGACCAGAAAAACUCGACCUUAACAUCCCAACAAUGGGUUGGGAUGCGACAUUGUUGUUGCGUCCGUCUCCCUGUAGCUUCAGAUAUUCUUUCCUUUUCUUGCUGUGUUCGAACUCUGUAUGCAAGACUGAUCUGCAGUCUACUUUCUAUGCCAUCUGAAUGUGCAUGUGAUUCUCUUGCCUUCCAGACUGGUACUACCAUGCUCCUAUCAAAAGAACAACCAAAUCACCUAAAGCAGCCCCACCAGCAUCACAGAUACCAGGUAUUGGAGGACUCAAAGAUGAGUUCGCUAAUCCUGAAAGUGAUGAAAGACACUUUAGAAGAAAAUGGAUCAGGGACACAGACUCCAAGUACAUUAAAAUGGCCAAGCAAGGUGGACGAAAGAAUCUUCUUGCAUAUCGCAGUCCACCUGUAAAACCGGAUGAACCUGUUCCCUAUCCAAGAGUUGAUUGGUUUGAUCACGACCAUCCUGAAGAGGAUGACGAAGCUGGUCAACCUGCUCAGCUUGAAGAGCAGCAAAAGGAACCAGCAAAAGAAGGGUAUGUUUUUCACAAACUACAAGAGUUUUACAGCUAUGGACAAUGUGUAUACCGUAAAAUAUGAUCGAUUAAGCGCCACCACUCAAAUAAAUGCUGCUCUCAAAUAAGCACCGCACCUUUACUGCAAGUAUUUUAAAUAAGCGCUGCUGGAAAAUAAGUGCUGUGGUGCUAAUUUGAGAAUUUACAAAUUUACACCCCACCUUUGUUACCGUGCUUGAUAUAAAGAGAUGUCAAAGAAAUAAGACCUCUACCAACUUAUGAGUACUAAAGUGUUAAUGUAGGGAAACUCUUGAAACCAGGUUCAUUAUAACAGUUUAAGGUACAUUGACAUAUUUUAUUAUAAAUUGUGCAUACCUAGUACGUACCUCACUUUUUAACCGUAAUUGAAAUAAGCGCCGCUCUCGUAUAAGUGCCACUCUCAAAUAAGUGCCACUCUCGUAUAAGCGUCGCGCCACUUAAUCAAUCAUUUAUGGUAGUUAAAAACAUCAUGAAGGAAAAUGCAGUCAAGAUAGGUGAAGACUGAUUGUGGACCAGUAAUGCCACUCUUGUCACUUGUUUCACAAUAAAGUGAUGUUUCUGCCAAUCACCUCUAUUAAGCAGCCAACCUUCCUUGACCCUUUAAACCCUAAGAUCAAAAUUUGAAUUCUCAUUUGUUGCCCCUAUUCAUUUCCCACAGAAGUAGUGGGGAGAAGUUGAUAAAAUAUCGAGCAAAGUCAUUUUGUGUGAUCAUGUCUGUAAUUCUCAUGACCACUCUGUUUUACAAUGCAUUGAUAUUACAAGAAGAAAUUUGAUGGUGAUCACUCUUAGGGCUUAAAGAGUUAAGUGGCCACUUGCCACUGCCACAAGGGUUGGCCGUUUUAAUGACAGUUCAUCUUUAGUUUCUACUAGACCCAUUUAGUCCACCACAUUCUAUUUAAAUAAUAUUUUUCAUUUUCAAAUUAUUUUUAUUUUCAGAUAUAGAGUCCUUCCUGAUUGGUAUGUUCAUGUACACGAUUUGCCCUCAGAUGACGAGGUUGUGACAGGUGCCUAUAUAAGAAAGCGGCCAAUCAUAGGGUUUGAUAACCUCUCAAACUGGCAAAGGUAUGAUCACUGUUGGUUGAUAUAAAAAAUCACACGAGUUGUUUAUUCACGAGGCUGGUUUCCAUGAGAAAGUUACAAAAAAUGUUAUCACUAGAGGCAUGUCCAGAAAAUUCAGAAAGGGGUGGUUGGGACACUUUCCCACAUGCCAGCUAUAUAGAUCCUUUUUUAUUUUUUUCAAGAAGGCUAUAAAUGUAACACAGAAUUUCAAAAAAAAAGGGGUGGCCGCAGCGCCCUCGGCCCACCCCUAAAUCCACCCUUGAUCACUAAAUAUAAUCAGUGCUUACCAGUGCUGCAUAAUAUGGAAAUUAAAAGCCAUAGCAAUCAUUUGCAGUACACUGAGGUAUUUAUAACUACAGCUAUUUUUCAAGGCUUCUUUCCACAAGAGCACUUCAAUGUUUUGGUUCAAAUCAUUACGCACACCUUUUACUUUGAUUGCAACCAUUGCUACGGGCUCACAAGUCACAGGCUCCUGUCAUUGUACAGAAACGAGGCGUUUCAGUUACAUGCAAAUUAUACACCUGUUCAUGCUUGACGUCCAGUUUUCUCCAUACUAAAGUGUAAUAAAGAGUGUGUUACCAUGGUGUUUUUACUUUGCAGGGAAGAUAAAGAUUCCAAGGGAAAUACCAGCAAUGUUCGACUUCCUCCUCUAAAGAGAAUUCACAAGCGCGAUAAGAGAUAUGAAGAACUAAAGCAAGCACAGAAAUGUGCGCCUCAGCAAAGACAAGUCAGACUGCCAAAAAUGUAAACGGCCUCUCUUUUGCUUUCUCUUCUUAAAAUUUUUCUCUAGUUUUUGUUUUUUUUAGUAUAGCUUUCCUUGUAAAAAAAGGAAAACUGUUAAGUGUCUGUUGUCUUUCCAGGUCGUAUACCGUAAACUUCCAAAAAUAAGCCCCUCCAAAUAUAAGCCCCCCAAACCAGUAAUGCAAAAAAUCCUUCGUUAAAUCACACCUCUAAAUAUAAGCCCCCAGGGGCUUGUACUUAGAAAAUUGCCCUCAAAUACAAAGUAAAAGAAAGCAAAAACAGUAAAUUCACUUCCAACUAUAAGGCUAGCCCAAUCGACUUUGAAAUGCAAAUUUCCCUCCGUAGAUAAGCUCCUCCAAAAAUAAGCCCCUCAAAAAGGGUCUUUGAAAAAUAUAAGCCCUGGGGCUUAUUUUCGGAAUUUUACGGUGUAUUAUAAUCCAUUUACAUACAUAUUACUUGUGUAGUAGGGUAACUCAUGAGAAAAUUAUCACUUUAACACUUCGUCAGUCUGGUUGAAUGAGUAUUUAUAAAGUGAUAUCACGACCAUAGAAUGGUCUUGUGACAAGAAAUUAUACGACUGUUAGCCAGCAUUGUAUCUUACUGACUGGAAUUGAAUCGGUCUUAAGGAGGCCAUUAUGUGUGUAUCUUGUUUACUGCCCAAAAGAAAAAAAACCGUCACCCUCUUGCUCUGGAAACUUUUAUAAGAGCCCAUGACUUAACAAGCCUAAUUACUUUUAAGUGCAGAGUCCUCAUGUACAUUUAAUAUUAUACUGAAAUUAUUCAUGAUUUUCUUUUUCAAAGUGAUCCGGAGCCGGUGAAUUUCAAGCAUCUGUUGUCGAUGGGAUAUCAACGAGACUGGUUAAAUGAGCAAGAUCAAAAAUCCAAGGAGAAAAGAGCUGAAAGAAAGGUGUGGUCUAUUUGUGGUUUAGAAAUUGUACCCAUUGCAGAAUUGAGUGCUACCAUAAUAUUUUGAACCUUCAUUGUAUGCCAAUAUAAAUAAGGUGAUAAAACAGGUAUACAAACCCAUGUUAUGAGAAUGAAUAUUAUAAAAAAUAAACUUUCUGCCCUCAAUUCAAAAUAAUUGCUAAUGUUCUGUUUGUGUCUUAUUUUAAUUUUCAGCAACAACAAAAAGAACAUGAGGAAAAGAGGGAGGAACAAAACAGAAAUGCAAUUUCUAUGAGGUAAGCUUUCUCAUAGAGUCUUGAAACCCCUUUCAAUUUUUCAAAUGCUCUAAAAACACAUGUUUGACACACUAGAAACAAGUUUGACCCCUAGAUGUAUUUCUUCCGUGAGAAAACUUCAUCUUAUGUUUGUAACAUUUUCUUCAGGAAACCAAAAGAUGGCUCAAAGAGUGAUAAACCACUGUUUAAACUCAGCAGGUAAGGGGCCAGUAGUGUUCUCAACAGAGACCUUAAGAUUGAGGUUUGGCCAUCUUACCGCAAACGGCAAACAUUGGUUUGCGGUUAGCGGUUUCACGUUAUCGGUACAAGAUUCACGGGUGGUCGCUCGCAGCUGCAAUGUUUGUUUAUUGUUCUCUUCUAUUUUAGCCGAGAAAUCGUGUUCAAAGUUACGUUUUUAUGUAAAAUAAUUCGUGAAAGAGUUCUAAACAGGAGUAUUUUGUCUCAAAUAUGGAACUGUGAUGUUUUAGAGUGCAAAAAGCCUUACGGUAAAUCACUUACUUCUGGAGCAUGGUCAAGCUGUACAAAUUAAUGCAAACCUCAAGCUGCAAACCUGACAGCAAGGCACUAUUCACAUGACUUCUUGAUGUUUGUGGUUUGCGGGAAAUGCCAAAAUACCCUAACCUUAAGGUCUCUGAUAACAUUUAGCGGACUUGGACAAUUUGACCUUCUUCAUACAAUUUUUAGUCUCUAAACAGAUAAUGAAAAGCAAUGCUUUGUCACUUUACAUGUUACUAGAUCAAAAGUGGUCACCACAUUUUGAAAAAAUUAAAACAUACUAAAAUGUGAAAUAUUUAAAAAGAACUGGGUCAUACAAUGUAUCUGAUCUGAAUUAAAUUAUGUGUUUUUUUUCUUUCUGUAGGUUUGAAAGUAUGCAACCCAGAGUGGAGACAUUCCGAACAUGAGCAAGAUCCCUGUUGGUACAUUAUAAUACCUGUUAUAAAGAGCAGUGUUCCUGAUUUUGCGGCUGCAGAUUUAUACACAACUUCACGUUGUAAAAUGUCCCUAGGAAAAUAGCCUGCAGAUGCAGACUUGUAUAAUUGCUGAUUGUCGCUUCUCUCUGCCAGAAGUGACAACUGGAAAUAAAUUUUAGUUCAGGACCCCAUUUCUCAAAAGUCCUGGAAACUUUACAGCCCGAACUCAAAUUUUAAAAUCAAAACCUGUAGAAUGGUAGCAUAGUUCCUAACUCACAAAUCAGUCAGGUUUGCUUUGUUUAACUGAUAAUUUCAUUGCAUC